GAGCGCAACCAGCACCGCCAAAGCCAUGGCCGGACGCCAAAAGGAGAAAGUGCUCCUAGAUGAGGUCCAUCAGAACCAGAUCCUGCGGGAAUUAUACCUCAAAGAGCUUCGAACCCAGAAACUCUACACACAGUACCACGUGAAUCCCCUCCGCAAAGUUCACACAAUCACCAGAAAGCCCAUGUCUUGGCAUGAUAACCUGGAGGAACCUGCAGAUGCCAGGUUUCUAAAUCUCAUCCACCACGCUGCCCUCGGGCCAAGGAAGAAAUACACAGAGACACAGACCGAAAGCCAAGAAAUCGGAUGGGACUCAGAGCCCUUGGUCAACCCGGAACGUGAUGACCGCAGGCUGAACCACUUCAGGGUCUACAAUGAUAUCACGCUAUACAAAGCUAAAAUGUGGAGCUUGGGAGAAGAUGAUCGCCACAAGUAGUCUUCCACAGUGACGGCGGCCCUGUCUUCCAUACCCACUGUGUGUGCGGCUCGGAUGAAUAAAGAUUACUUUCAAGCCUCA